AUGUCCGACAUAUUAGAAAAAUCAUUAGACGACAUAAUCGGCGAAUCCAAAUCCUCCUCAUCCUCAGGCAGAAGAUUCUCUCCACGCCGAGGAAGAGGCGGCCCCUCCAAUCGUCGUGGUGGUGGCCCUGGCCAUGGCCAAUACAGAAGACACCCAACCGGUGCCAGAAUCCAUAAACCCCAUUCCCCACCCUAUCACCACCCACUCACCAAAUCCAUAAACUCCACCCUCCCCCGUGAUAUCGCCUCCCUCGCGGGUCCAAGACCAGUCCUAAGAGUGAAAAACAUCCAUCCGGACCUAAAUGGAGAAGAUUUAUCUCAAUUGUUUGGUAGUAUAAAUGAUGUUGAUUUUGUUAAAUUUGAUGCGGUGAAUGAUAGUAUUGCCUAUGUCUGUUUCCAGAAAGAUUGUGUUAUCAGCAAUUCGGAAGCGAUCCAGAAAUAUGAUGGAAAGAAGGCGAUGGGGAAGAUUUUGGUGGUUGAGAAUGCGAUUAGUUUGGCGGAUCGGAUAAAAAGUCUUCCUGUGCGUGAGAGAGGCGCGGGGGAUAUGGUUGAAAGAGUAGGGAGUGGUAGUGGUGGGAGAGGUGGAUAUAGGGGUAAGCAUAUUAAAAAAGGUAGAGGGGGGAGAUUUGGAAGACAUGUUGAAAAGAGUGCUGAGGAAUUGGAUAAAGAGUUGAGUGAUUAUAUGAAUACUGAUACUAAUGAAGAUGGGAGAGAAUCUUCAGUUAAUGAUGAGAUUAACAUGGAAUAG